GACGAAGCCUUCAAUCUUCGUCUUCCAUUUUUUUCCUUUUCCGUCUCUCUCUCGUGUUCUUCAAGUUCAUUGCAUUCCUCUGUUUCUCAAACUUAUAUAAUUUCAUGGCGAUCCUUCUCUUCUCCCACUAACUUUAAUCUUUCUUUCGCUUUCUUUCCCCUUUUUUUCUGGUGCGUUUGCGAAACAUUCUUCUGGUUCGAACGAUUUCCCUCUUCGUUGUUGGAUCCAAAACCCCAAGUUUCCGUUACCAAUUUUUCCGACGAAAUCCCACUCGACGAUCGACAUUUGGAUGAUCGGUGGAUGAACAUCAAAACCUGCACGAAAUCGGGAACGGAUCGUUGUUAGACUUUUCCUUUCUGAAUCUCGAAGAGUUGCGGCGACAAGAACAUGGCUACGUUCGUGGAGCCACCGAACGGAAUCAGGUCAAUGGGGAAGCAUUAUUACACAAUGUGGCAAACUCUGUUUGAAAUUGAUAUUAAGUACGUCCCAAUCAAACCGAUUGGGCGAGGAGCUUAUGGUGUGGUGUGUUCUUCAAUCAACCGAGAGACCAAUGAAAAAGUGGCGAUCAAGAAGAUUCAUAAUGUGUUUGAGAAUCGCACGGACGCCAUGAGAACGCUGAGGGAGCUUAAGCUUCUGAGGCAUAUUAGGCACGACAACGUGAUUGCUUUGAAGGAUGUAAUGAUGCCUAUCCAUAGAAAAAACUUUAAGGAUGUGUAUUUGGUUUAUGAGCUCAUGGAUACGGAUCUCCAUCAGAUUAUUAAGUCUUCUCAGCCUCUUUCCAAUGAUCAUUGCAAAUAUUUUAUCUAUCAGUUGCUUUGCGGGUUGCAAUAUCUUCAUUCAGCGAACAUUCUUCACCGGGAUUUGAAGCCCGGGAACCUCCUCGUCAAUGCUAACUGUGAUCUGAAGAUAUGCGAUUUCGGGUUGGCACGAACUAGCAUGGGUCAUGACCAGUUCAUGACUGAGUAUGUUGUCACUCGCUGGUAUCGCGCACCAGAGCUUCUCCUCUGCUGUGACAACUAUGGGACUUCUAUUGAUGUAUGGUCGGUAGGCUGCAUCUUUGCUGAGAUUCUGGGUCGGCAGCCUAUCUUCCCGGGGACGGAGUGCUUCAACCAACUCAACUUAAUCAUGAACGUUCUCGGUUCUCCGAAGGAAGCUGAUAUCAAGUUCAUUGACAAUGCAAAAGCCAGAAAGUAUAUCAAGGGGAUGCCGUUUUCAAGAGGAAUAAACCUUUCACAUCUAUAUCCAGACGCCGAACCUUUAGCUCUAGACUUAUUACAAAAGAUGAUUGUAUUUGAUCCAACUAAGAGAAUUACAGUUGACGAAGCACUUCAACAUCCCUACAUGUCGGGGCUAUACGACCCAAAAUUCAAUCCUCUAGCCAAUGUUCCCCUCACUCUUGACAUCGAAGACUCACUCGAGGAGAACAAAAUCAGGGAAAUGAUGUUGAACGAGAUGCUCUAUUACCAUCCCGAAGCAGCAUAUUCUUGAGGUAUGUAUAAUUCUAUUCGAAGACACGCUUCGUAACAUGAUUCGAUUGAUUCUCAUACUUUUUGGGAUGUUGGAAUCUGAUGUUAUGAGUUCAUCAGCGUAGUUUCGACAGCUCUGAUUAGAAAUCUUAGCGUAUCGACACGAUUGCGGCCGUCUUUUCAACCUGUAAAUAUAAGUAUGAAGAAGUUAUGGAUCCAGAAAAGGUAUGAACUAUUUUUGUACCAGUGAUGAAUGUGAUAUGAAUGAGAAGAAGCUUUUGUUUUGGGUUCAAAUACAUGUAGUUUUGCAUUUUGUGUAGGAAA